CGGCUCACGGCUCACGGCUCAGGGUUCAUCUCUUUUCCCUUCUCUCGGACUCUCUCCUCAUCUCUUCCUUCCCUGGCGGCGACGACUGGGCGAGCGGCGGCGCCAUUUGUCACGUCUUCGCCCAGCCCUUUGCCGGCGACGAGCGCAUCCUCCAGCCACUUCUUCGAGAUGCCGAGGGCCACGAGCGACGCAAAGCUUCUGAUCCAGUCCCUCAACAAGGCGUAUGCUGCCACACCGACAAAUCUUAAGAUUAUCGACUUGUACGUGAUUUGUGCUCUCGCUACCGCCGUGAUUCAGGUUGCAUACAUGGGAUUGGUUGGGUCAUUCCCUUUCAACUCCUUCCUCUCAGGUGUACUUUCAUGCAUAGGAACUGCAGUGCUUGCUGUUUGUCUCCGCAUUCAAGUGAACAAAGACAACAAGGAAUUUAAGGAUCUACCCCCAGAAAGGGCCUUUGCUGACUUUGUUCUGUGCAACCUGGUGCUCCACCUGGUGAUCAUGAACUUCCUUGGAUAAGCAACUGCCGUACACCGAGUGGUUAAGAUUUUGCAGCCCCAGAUUUUGGUCGCUGAUCAGUGUUUUAAAGUUUGGAACUGUCAUAAUACCGAGUAUCCAUAUGAUCUCUCACAUAUUACCUAUGUAAAGCUAGAAUUCUCGAGGAACUGUUAGUCGAAUGGACAGUGUUGAUCCAGUAUUGACAAUGUUAUACUGCGAGCAUUUGCGUAAUUUCAAGGAAGUGAAAUGGCUAUGUUACAUCAUUUUAGCUGAA